CAAAGAUAAGGCCAUGAAAUGAAACGGACCCACCAAUCUUCUCGCUCACACAGCCCUGCACGAUUACGCCACCACUCUUGCAGCUGCCGCUGCCACCACCACCAGCAGCAGAACCACCGCCACCACCAUCACGACGUCAUCCACAGACACCGCACUCUUUCUUGUGGCUGUGCGGAGCAGACCCACUAAUGGCAGCUGUCGUCUCUCUCCCAUUCCCUCUUUUGUUUCCUUCUGGUUUGCACAUCCCUUUUCAACCUCCGCUUUAGCAUGCUUGGCUCUCUUCUCUACUUUCUGGAAUUUGGAAGUUUGCCUACGUCAGAUGGUGCCAUGCCAUGUUUUGAGAAGCAUUGAACUGUUCAUCGAGUUGUCGGAUUUUGAGGUGCUUAAUUUUUCCGGUCAUUGAGAAGAGGAGAAGAAAGGGAAGCAGAUAGUUAGUUGGGGUUCGAGGUGGAAUGGAGAAGGUCUCGUAUCCGGAGCACGUGCACUUGGGCUACAACUCGAGGAAGCUCUUCGGCAUCAAGAGUGCCAGCGCAAUCUCCUCCCCGAAGCCGCCCGGCCGCAUCUUCGACCCCGUUCCCAGCCCAUCCCUUCAGCCCGAAUUCGACUUUGCAGAUGUGUUUGGAGGCCCCCCACGAGCGGCGGCGGCGAAAGAGGCACCCCGCCUCAACAUAGAAGAGAGUCGCCGGAAUCUGCAGGAGAAACCGGUUUUUGGGGAGGGGAGCCCCACGCGUAGUCGGCUUCUCAGCGAAGACUUUUUCGCUGACAUAUAUGGAGGCAGCAACCUCACCGCUAACCGAAGGAGGCCGGAGAAGGUGGCCUUCUAUUCGAUGCCGGUCUCUCGCAUUCUCAGCCCGACUUGUUCAUCUCCUCCUAGAAUGCCGCCAUUAAGUCCCGGGCCCGCACUCCCUUCGAGGAUGAGUCAAUAUGCUGAACCAGGCAAGGAAGCACAAUCCCCAGCAUCUGCGAGCCUUAUAUGCCCUAACCCCUCUAGAUACAAUGACAAACUCUCCAACGCAAACGGUGUUCUGCAUUCACCUGUGCUUUCUGUCUCAAGCCCAAGAGAGCAGGCGUAUGGCUAUGAUAUUAACACUAGGCUUCCAGUUCCGCCAGUUCAAAGGCAAGCCGUCCUUAUAAACUAUUCUCAGCCAUCAAGCAGGCAAAGUAUGUCACCCCAUCAACGUACUGCUGAAAGACAAUCAAAGCUUACAGAGUCUAUCCGUAGAAAUCCAGAAGGUGAAGUUAAAGUGGAACCCGUAAGCACAACUCAUGGGUCUCAGAACCUGCAUAGCAGCAGCCAAUUUCACUUCUCCAUUCACAAGUGGGCAGGAAAAGGGGCAGCAUUUUUUAUGCCUGUGAAGCGUCGGGAUGAAAUCAAACAGGACCUUAAAGAAGAGAAGAUUAAUAGGCAGCAGAAAAUGUCCCCUCAUGAUGAUGCCAAACAAUCUGUGGCCCCUACUUCUAAUUCAGGACCCUUUCAAGCUCAUAUUUCAUCACCUCGCGAUCUAUAUCCAAGCAGAAAAGAAUAUCAUGAACAACAGGGAAAUAGGUUUUUUCAUGGUGAUUCAUGUAAUUUGUCCAGCCAAGAUAUACUUACAAGUGCUGGAAACUUUUAUCCUGAUCUGAAAGAAGAAUCAGGAUCUCAAGCAGGUCCUCUUUCAAGCUUGCUCAAAAAUGAUAAAGAAAUAUCAGUCAAAUCUCAAGCGGGUCACCUUGCAAAGUUGCUCAAAAAUGAUAAAGAAAUAUCAGGGAAGACUUGCAGUGUUGAUCAGAAGGAGGACGUGGUGCGAGACAGCAUCCGAACAAGCAAUGUCUACGAUAGGCAGGAGGAAGCAUCAGGAUGUUCUAGGCUGGACAAUGCAGAGGCAGCAAGACCAUGUUUAAAGACAGCGGAACCAAAUUCAGAUGCCAGUUUGCUUGAAAAUAGAACAAGGGGGAAAGUUAAAGAAUUCAUUAAGAUGUUUAAUCAAGAGGCACCUCAGAAGUUCACAUUUAAGGGUGAGAAACCUAGUAGGAAAGGCGUGGAAUCCUCUAAUGCAGAAGCAGAACCGAGGGCCUCCGGUGGAACUCAUAUAGCAUCAAAGCAUACUUCACCUGAGCCUGAGCAUGAAGAGGUCGAUAACUUUGAUCUGCAGUUCACUGUACAUGAGAUUCAUGAUCCAAGUCCUGAAAGCAACGACAAUUUUCAAUCUUGUGCUCAAGAAAGUCCUCAAGUGGUGCAUGAUCUUGCUGGCAGGUCACUUGACAAUCUGGGACGGCAAUUGGCUGACGAAAAGAAAAGCUCAAUUGCUCAACCUCAAGAUGAACUCCAGAAUUUGGACGCUAAAAUCAAGAAGUGGGCGCAUGGCAAAGAAGGAAAUAUCAGGUCACUUUUGUCAACAUUACAAUAUAUUCUAUGGCCAGAGAGUGGUUGGAAGCCAGUGCCCCUUGUUGAUAUAGUUGAGGGGACUGCGGUGAGACGGGCUUAUCAAAAAGCUAUGUUGUGCCUACACCCUGACAAGCUACAGCAGAAGGGUGGAACGAUUCCCCAAAAGUACACAGCCGAGCAAAUAUUUGAUAUAUUACAGGAUGCAUGGACAAAUUUCAACAACGUUGCUUCAUUUUAAAGCAGAAAGCAUUCUGCAUGGUGCAGAGUAUCAAUAUCAAUUCUUCGGCACAAAAUUUCAAAUAGCAAGUAUCAGCGGCUUACACACACACACACUCUCUCUCUCUCUCUCUUAUUUUGAGGUUUGUCUACGAUACGUUUGUUCCCAGGUCAGGUUAUUGCAACUGGGAAGAAAACCUAAAGGUUCCUCCCAAACUCAUCUGUGACUUGCAAGCAAUUUAUAAGUCCA